AUGACACCGGAAAAGACAGAAUUGUCUACGACCGAUAACAGACGAACUGCAGUAACAAAACAAAAACUCAAACUAAAGAACGACACGCAGUUAAACUCGGGAUAUGUUAACGCGACUAAAAUUCAAUUUCAACUGAACAUAAGAAAAGCAGAAAUAAUAAAAAAAUACGCGACGGAGCAAAGGGAUAGGAACACAAAUAGAAAUAAUGAGAAUUGA